AUGGCCUCCUCCUCCAGCGAGGCCACGUGCAGGCCCCUCCUCACCCCCUACGAGUUUGAGGUCGUCGAUGGAGACGUCGUGUGCGGUGACGAGCAGAGCUGGUGCAGGAGCGAGAGCUGCCACUGCGACAAGAAGGUGGCCUCGUGCCUGGCGAGCGCCCUGCCGUCCUACAACACGUCCUACCGCUUCUACUUCAAGCUCAAGUGCCGAGGGAACAAGCUGCAGUGCUGA